AUGGAGAAAGUCAUCAGCGAGCGUCAGGUUUUUACUCCAACAGUGCAAGGGGGGGUCGAGUUCAGCCACGUGCAAGUUCUUUUUCAGCAGGGUAACCAAUUUUUCCUAGGUCAUCGCCACCAAAGAAGAUGUUCUGCGAUCGAUCAAAGCGAUCUUUACAACGUUGUAACUAUAUCCCCCGACUGUUAUCAGCCAACUCUGCCACCGCACACCACACUUCUGCACUACACGGAGAGACCUAUCUACAUUAAAAGACCAAAUCUAAGCAACUACACAUCUCCCUCUAGCAUAAGCGUUCCUUUGCUUCGAGAGAUUGAGGUCUGUGAAGUGCUUCUUAAUAAUCCACACCCAAACGUCGCAACCUAUCUGGGUUGCAAGGCUCUGGGAGAUCGUCUUGAUGGCAUUUGCUUUGAGCUUCACCCUCAGAACCUAAUGUCGAUGCUUAACCCAGGGAGCCUAAAUAAGAAGGAGCUUCUGGAGAGUCGUCAUUGCUCUCUCGAGGUUGCAGAGAAAUAUAUUCUUGGCAUUGAGGCUGGGAUAAGACAUCUACAUUCGCUGGGAUACGUGCAUAAUGACAUUAAUCCCAUGAACAUCAUGAUCUCAGGGGAGGGUGUGCCUGUUAUUAUUGAUUUUGACAGCUGUGUAAAAGUUGACGAGAGUGUAGAAAAUCUCAAGAGGACAUACGGUUGGUACGAUAAGGAUGAAAAGCUUGCACGAGAGAGCAAUGAUCUUAAUGCGCUUAGAGAAAUCCGAGCCUGGCUGACAGGCACUUCAGCAGACGAGUUUCAAUAUCCUAUAUAA